AUAUUAUUUCGCGCACCUUCACAAAAAUACUGAAAGAAAUCGUUGUUUUUUUUUUUUUUUUUUGUAAGCGUUUAUGGGCAUCAUAAUCUUUUGAUUUCCGCUUAAUUUCUUCCCGCGCGUGUAGCUUGACGCAGUCGAGAUGUCUCCUGGUUUCGUGGCUCAUUGAAGUGACGAGCUAACAUUCACGGGCUCAAAACGCAACGCUUAGUGUGCAUAAAAUGUCGCGUUUCCUAACCGCACUUCUGGCUGCAGUCCUUUUCUCUGCGCAGGUGUGUGGGAAAACCGUAAGCGGACUUUUUAAGACCGAAGUAGCGAGGCAGCACAAAGGCCAGUUCAUCACUAAAUUCAUGUAUCAAGGUGAGGAGGGUUUGCUGGUCUGUCAGUUGGACAACCCCUCACUAGCUGCAGAGAAGGAAUCCCGACUGCUGCUCUACCCAAAUGCGGACGAGGAUUGGGAGAACCUCGGCUGCUCCGAAAGGCUCACCCGUGCCCAGUUCACCGUAUCUCUCAGUCAAGAAGAACACAACCAGACGAUUCCUCAGCGGUCGUCGCCUACGGUGUGGCACGCUCUCUACGCAGACCGAUACACGUGCCAGGAGGCUGCAGUGAUUCCUUCUCACGGUGAGCUGAGGUUUACUGUCCUCCUGCUUAAUGCCGAUUCUGCGGGAAACCCGCUGGAGCAUUUUAGUGCCGAGGAGGCAGGUCUCCACACCUUUUACUUCCUCCUGCUGCUGGCGUACUUUGUAGCUUCGUGCAUCUACAUUAAGCCUCUGUACCAGGCUCUGAGGAAAGGCGGUCCCAUGCACACGGUCCUGAAGGUGCUGACCACAAGUCUGGCCUUGCAGGGCUGCUCUGCCCUUUGCAACUACAUUCACAUGGCCAGGUACUCUCGAGACGGCGUGGGUAUCCCACCGAUGGGCAGCCUGGCAGCGUUCUGGGCGGCGGCAGCUCAAGUGUCAACGCUGUACACGUUAUUGAGCCUGUGCGCCAGCUGGUCCCUGAGCCGAGGCCGGAAACCUCAGUCGCGCCCUCUGCAGUGGGAGCAGUCUCCGGCGUCCACGGCCGUCGCCGUGUGCGGAGUCGUCUUGCAGGGUGCCCUUCUGCUGUGGGAGCAAUACUCUGCGUCUGAGGGCCAACACCGCAGCUAUCGGAGUCUGGCGGGCAUUCUCCUCAUCGCCCUGAGGGUGACGCUGGCCCUCCUGCUGGCCUCCGUUCUCUACCAGAUCAUCUCCACAGAGAGGAGCACCCUGAAAAGAGACUUCUACCUCUGCUUUGCCAAGGUUAUCUGCUCCGGCACGCAACUUGCCGCUGCCCCGGCUUCUCCUCACAAUUGUGUGUUGUCCACAGGGAUGCUUGCUGUGGUUCCUCUGCCAUCCUUUCCUCGUCCUCACGUCCGCCAUCUUCAACGAGCACCAGAGGGAGAAGGUGGUCACCAUUGGUGUGAUUCUGUGUCAGUCCAUCUCCGUGGUGAUCCUCUACCAGCUGUUUCUGUCGCGUUCCCUCUACUGGGAAGUCUCCGCGCUCUCCUCGGUGUCGCUGCCGCUCACCAUGUCCAGGAACAACCAGAGGGGGCGCUACUGAGUACGUGCUCCGGCUCUAUGUGCUCCUCAUUUGCAGCGCUCAGGUCGCCCUCCCGCCGCAGAGAAGACGGGAGGCGUCGCGCUGCGGGGAACGCUCGAAUCUUGCCGUUUUCCGGGGAAGCACGGACACAACGGGCAGAAGCGCGUCUGCCCCAGUCCAGAAAAUAAAGGCGGGAGGGACUACAAGACAAAGACCACCUUGGCUGAGGGACGACAAGAACAGAAACCGGAAGGGCUUUGUUGUAGAUCUCUCGUUGUUUACGUUCGUAGGUAGAACAUACAGUUUACAAGACAGGGACUCACAGUGGGAUUUAUUUGCUAUAUUCAGAAAUGUCGGCCUUGAACGUGAUGUGGGAUGAAGGUCUCGAAGAAAGUCACUACGUGCAUACACAAAUGUGAAUUGAAUUGCUGGUAAUAGAUCAACUACAAUGUUUUUUUUUCUCUUGAGAGUCUAUCGCGCAGUUUUCAUCAUUCAUCUCAAAACCUUUUUAGCAAGUUAAGUUAUUUAAAGUCUGGGAAUGCAUGACGUUCAAAUAUUGGCGCCUCAUUUCAGACUUGAUGCUUGAAUAAACCUUUCUUGUUUCCGUUAAACAUUGUGACUUUAUGUAAAGGUCAAGAAAAUGAAAAAACCAAGAAACUGUUCUCUAUUAUUGAUGUUUUGUUCUUGACAACCUGCGGAAACGCGUAACCUGAAAUAAAUGACUUCGGGGCAGCAAAC